AUGUCUUCAACCCCAUUUUCUCAAUACGCUCGUGUUGAUCGUGCGGAAUCAUCGACUCCGCCACCUCUUAUAGAGUUUUCUAAUGAAGGUUCCGAUAACAAUUCUAACCGACUUGUGACUUAUGAUGGUCAAUUUAGUGAACAGAUCAAUACGAUAGCUAGUACUUCGUCUGCAAUCCAACCUGUAACUAGGACUGAUCUUACAAUUAUUAAUAAUGAUUCUGACGAGGUAGAACACAAAAGAUGUUGGAUUUGUUUUGGCGAAGAUUCUGAUAGCGAGGGAAAAUGGGUUAAAGCAUGCAGGUGUUCAUUAAUAAGUCACGAAGAAUGUUUGCUGAAUUGGAUCGCAGAAAAACAAAGGAACACGGCUCUUAGAAAGGUCCGAUGUCCCCAAUGUAAGACUGUAUAUCAUCUUGCUGAGCAAACUUCGUACCUUUUAAGGUUCCUUACCGUCGUUGAUUCUACGAUUCAAUCUUCUAUCCCAUAUUUCACCAUUUUUGGCGUUACAUUUGCUGUAGCGAUUACUAAUGUUCAUUAUGGUGCGUAUGCUACCAUCACGAUGGUAGGUCUUGAAGAAGGAGAACGACUUUUGGAAGAACCAUGGAGCUGGAGAAUAUGUUUUACACUACCUCUUGUCCCCGUAUUCCUUAUAUUUUCAAGAGCUCGUUUUGCUGAUCCGGUCAUGCCUCUUAUUCCCAUGUUGUUUAUAAGGAUGGAUCAGUUGAGGUUAACAAUGCCACCAAAUCCAUCCUUUACGAUUUCUCUUUUACCAUGGGCUAGAAUUAUAUAUAAUUGGUCAUAUCAACGAGCAUUCGGACGCCUUGAGCAAGAAUGGCGUUCUCAACUUGAACCAUAUACUGCACCAGCUGAAAUUGAAAACGGGGAUAAUGGUAAUAUUCGACCUCGUAAUGAUCAAGAUGUAUUGGACCGUUUGGAUCGUAGCAAUGCUGGUCGUAAAAUUGUUGGAGCGUUGUGCUUGCCAUUUAUCUCUGCCAUGGUUGGAAGUUUCCUUGGUAGAUUCUCAUUUGUACGUGCACGUAUACCUGAUACAUUUCAUCGAAACGUACUUGGCGGGUGUCUUUUCAUAGUUUUCAAGGAUAUCAUGACCCUCUCAUACAAGUAUCAAAGGGCCAAGCAUCGACGUACACGUCAUGUCAGGGAAUACUCUGAAUUUGUAAAUGAAAGCAGGCAAUGA